AUGUCCACACUCAUCCCCACCAUUUACAGCAUUAUCACUAUUUUCGGCACCGUCGGCAACGUGUUAGCCAUUAGCGUGUUGGCGCAUUCCAGUACGUCAAAGAGCGUGGCCAAUACUUUCAUGGUAAACCUGUGCAUAGCCGAUCUGCUUUUCCUGCUAGCCCUGCCGCUAUGGGCCGUCUCCUACUCCCAACAUUACAACUGGACCUUCGGGCGUGUGACUUGCAAAAUCAGCAGCGCUCUCCUCAAUUUCAACCUCUACGCGUCAAUUUUCUUCAUAAUGUGCAUGAGUAUAGACAGGUAUCUCGCCAUCGUGCACCCUCUGAGGUCCCUGAGCGCCCGCGAGCCAAAGAUUGCAAUACUCUCCUGCAUUUUCAUAUGGAUAUUGGCUUGCCUCUGCUCCGCUCCGUACUUGGCUUUGCGCGACAUCCACGCCUUCCCGGAGGACGGCAUCGAAGUCUGCGGGAUCAAGUACCCAAACGAUGACUGGUUCUUCGCCUUGGCCUGGAUGAAGUUAAUAGUAGGGUUCGUCGUCCCUUUGAUUGUUAUCUGCUGCUGCUACUACGUCAUCGGCAGACAUUUGCUCACAGACACAGGCCUGGUCAGAAUGCAAAGCGCGUCGCAUGCCGUGAAAAAAUGCACGGAAUCCAAAGAGCAAAACGGCAGAUUUGAACGACCACCGACCCCUAGCCCUCACCCCAGGUCAGGGAAAAGCAAGCUGCAGGAGGGGAGAGGGAUACAAAGAGUCUUAUGGACGGUAGCGGCAGUAGUGAUUGCGUUUUUCCUUUGUUGGUUCCCCUUUCAUUGCGUGACCAUGUUGGAUAUCGGAAAAUCCUACGGGUGGUUGGAGGGGUGUUGGGUGGAUUGGACCAUUCGGAAUCUGACGCCGAUCACUCUCUGUUUGGGGUUCUCCAAUUCGGCGAUCAAUCCGUUGCUCUACUGUUUCAUCGGACAUCAUUUCAGAGGAAGGCUGGGCGGGAUUUGCAAGGGCCUGUGUGCGUGUGUGAAAGCCAGAGGAGAGGAGCAUUCCAACCAGAAGAGAGGCUCCUUCAGCACCAGGUUGAGUUCGUUUUCCAGGAAACUCAGCGAUCUCAAAGACCUGGCCAUCGCCGAGAGCUCUCAUCCGGCUUGA